CACCCACUUUUUCUUAAUUUGCACACAUCCAUUUUCCAAUUUGCGAAUUGAGAUGGUGCAGUUCCAAAAUGAAUGUUGAAACCAUUGACUCUAGGAAUAUAUAAUCUUUCAGGGAUAAUGUUUGUGCAAGCAGUACUAGUUUUGGUGGUGAUUUUGAUUGGAUGGGCUUAUCAAGCCAUCCAACCUCCACCACCAAAGUUCUGUGGUUCUCCGGAUGGCCUACCUGUUACCUCACCUAGAAUCAGAAUUAGAGAUGGAAGGUAUCUGAGCUACAAAGAAAGAGGAGUCCCCAAGGAUACUGCUACCUACAAAAUCAUCAUUGCCCAUGGCUUCGCUGACUCCAAAGACUGUGUCAUACCGGUUUCUCCAGAGCUGGUGGAAGAGCUUGGGAUUUACCUUCUCUCCUUUGAUAGAGCUGGGUAUGGAGAGAGCGACCCGAAUCCAAAAAGAUCGGUGAAGAGCGAAGCUUUCGACAUUCAAGAUCUUGCCGAUCAGUUGGAGAUUGGAUCGAAGUUCUAUGUGAUUGGAAUCUCCAUGGGAGCUUACUCUGCUUGGAGCUGUCUCAAACACAUUCCACACAGGUUGGCAGGUAUAGGGCUGAUAGUUCCAAUGGUUAACUACUGGUGGCCUUCAUUUCCUGCCAAUCUAUCUGGAGAUGGCUUCAGGACACUGCCUGAACAAGACCAAUGGACGCUUCGGAUUGCACAUUAUGCCCCUUCUCUGCUGCACUGGUGGAUGACUCAGAAAUGGUUCCCCUCACUAAGCCUCUUAAAAGGCCACCAAGGAAGUUACAGCCAUCAAGACAGAGAGAUUCUUCAGAAUAUUGCCUCCACACCUUCAGUGUUUCAAGAUAAAGCCCGGCAACAAGGCGAUUACGAAUCUCUCCAUCGAGACUUGAUCGUUGGCCUCGGCAAAUGGGGCUUCGAUCCUAUGGAUCUAAACAACCCAUUUCCCCACAACAAGGGCUCUGUCCACAUAUGGCAAGGGUAUGAAGACAAGAUCAUUCCCGUCGCUCUACAACGAUAUGUUUCGAAGAGGCUUCCUUGGAUCCAGUAUCAUGAGCUUCCCGAUAGCGGACACCUUCUUGCACAAGCUAAUGGAGUGACUGAUACCAUCCUAAGGGCACUUGUACUUGGAGAAAAGUCAUCUAUUACAGAUUUUACGUAG